AUGGCCGACGAGCUCUCUCACUUUGUGCGCGAGGUGGAACGCCUGGUGACCGCGCCCUAUGUGCCGUCGCUGCAGGAACUUCAUGAGGCAGUCCAGAAUUCCUCUCCUGCCGUGCUUGAUCUCUGGGCCUCUUACAAGCCUUGCCAGGUCGGUCUGCUGGCUGAUGUUCUGGUGGAUAGCCUGUCGCGGUCGCGCGUCGCUCUACCGCUAGUUGCGGUCUUUGUGUCGUCGCCGGUAUUUCGGGAUGCUUUUCUCGCGCGCCACCCUGUCGUUUUAGACACGUUCCUGGAGAAGGCAGCCGGUGAGAGCGGAUCAGAGUAUACCUCAGCAUGCAUUGCGCUACUUUCUUCCCCUCUCCCGCAGAACAUGGUCCUACCAGCUCGUGUGGGCACAUUCAUCAGCGAUUUGAUAUCCACAAUUGCCGACAACCCUUGCGCAGAGACAAUAACACCACUCUACAAGAUCAUGAGCGGAUUACAAGGCUCCUCCAAAGUCCUAGAUGACGUCUCAUCAGAUACAAUGUCCAGCCUCCAAACAGAAUUCACCAAAACCCUCCGCAAUCUCGACGACCACAUGGGCAAUCUCCUGUGUCUCGCAACAUUCGCCCGCAUCGCAUCAGCCGGGCAAACAAAUCAACACUCUCAACACGGACCAGAGCCGCCUUCGUGGCUGCUCAACAUUAAACACUUCUUUGGUCCCAAGCGCGGACUGAAAACUCUCGACCUGGUGGUCUUGCGCGUGAUCCUUGCGUCGUCGGCUAGUUGCAAUAACUUGACUCCGGCUAAAGCUGCCGAGAGUGUUAAAUUGGCGAUUUGUAUUGCUGAUGUUGUUGAACCGGAGCAGAAGAGUGCUUGGAUUUCGGGAAAUCGGUCGAAGAUUGCGAAGUUGUGUGAUAAGCUUGUUAGGGCUGGGAUUGAUCGUGAGAUUCAAAUCAUGGGUGCUACAUUCUUGUUAUCCCUGCUUCCUCUAUCCGAGCUGCCGCAACAGAUUCAUGGCAUAGCUCUGCGGACUUUGAUGUCUACGGAAAGCUCGCAGGUGUUGAAGAUCAUGCCUGCACAUCUUGUUCGAAGACUUACGAGAACAUUAGCAGAAUCUGGGGAACCUGCUGUUCGCGAGCUCGUAAACUCCAUCCUUUCUGCAUUGAAGCAUACUGGGUCGCCAGCGCAAGAGGCGCUAUCGUCCCUCAAGGUGGCCGGUUUGAUUCUCUGUGGGUUGCAAGAAGUACAGUCACAGCCAGCACUUUCGGCUAUCCAGACCUUGAUCUUCGCCUUUGGCAAAGACUCUAUUGGUAAACUCUUUGAAAGCUUUCCCGCACAAUCAAUCCAAACAGACUGCAGCGGUACAGACACCUGCUUCAGCGUCCUCAACAUAUCGCAUGAUCGGUUGGUUCUCAACUUGUUCGAUUUCUACUCUGCAGCCGCUCUUGCACGACAUGAUGGUAAUAAAACGAUGAUCAAGACCAUGAAGAGUUUUGUGGACCGAGUGGCCGGAUCGCUGCCUGGAAGCACGUGUGGAUUUUCUGCAGCGAGUUCAAAUGACUUCCGUGUCUCUUUCGCAGUUCAAGAUAGACAUGAUUUCUCGACCGGCCACGGUCUAAAUCGCAACUGGCGUUGUGGCAUCACUGAGGUCUUCAUGCAAAAUGCGCAGACUUCUCAUGAUUGCAUGAUAAAGAAAGUUGAAGACAUCUGCAGAGACCUUGAGCAGCGAUGCUACAAUGUCGAAGGCCCUCUGAGGGCUGUUGAAGAAGAACGGGACAGCGCCACCCACGAAGCUAAUAGACUGAAACAACAUAAUGAAGAAUUAGAAGUUCGCUUACAUGAGUCGUCAAAUACGGUCUCCGCUCUUCGGCACGAACUAUCCUGUCUUGAAGAACACGCUGAAAACGCCUCUGCUCGAGCAGAAGAGUUGUCUGCAUCUCUUGAUGCUGCACGACACGACCUCGAGGAGCAACGACAGGCCUUUGAGGAGAGAAUGCGGGCAGAAAUGGAUAAAGUGCGCAGCAGAGAGUUGGAUCUGAUUGCUACGUCGACUGAGAAAGACGAUCAGAUUGAUGAGAUUCGUGAGGAGCUUGGCUCUCUGCAAGCCAAAGAGCAGCAGAUGCUGCAGACCUUGGAUACACUGUCAAAAGAGAAGGACUUUGCUAUGGAAGCCUCGGCUUCUAUACGGCAGGAUCUUGCGAAUGCUCAAGCCCUUGUUGAGUCUAGCAGGCUUCUUUCUGUGCAGAAGGAAGACGAGGUGAAGCGUCUCCUGACUGACAAGGAGGAUAUGCAGAUGGAAAUGGGGGCUCUGAAAUCAACUGUGGACGAGCAGAGUGUGGAUAUCGAGAGGCUUUAUUGUGCAAUGCAAGAAGCUGAAGAGAAGUUGGGAUCGGAAAUCGAUAUGUUGAAGCAGAGCCACAAGGCUGAAAUCUCCCAGACUGUGUCUGAGAUUACCCGCCACAAAGAGGAGAAUCAGCGCCUGCAGGCUGCCGUCGCCGAUUCUGCAAAGGAAGCACAAUCCCAGAACAAACGCAUCCAGUAUUUGGAGAAGAAGAUUCAAUCCCUUCGCAACGAAAGAGCUGCCAAAGCCCGAGAGUUUUCAGAGGCUCAGCAGCACAUCAGUCGUCUGAUGGGCGUCAUGGGUUUUGCCACCAAAUCCACGGAGCACAAAGGUCACAGCAAGCAAAAGCAUGUGAAUCCUGUCCCUGAUAACACCGACACAACACCCACCCAACAAGCAAUCAGUUAUGACGAUGAGGACACACAGCUAGCUCAAUCAUUUGAGUCCCUCGCCUCAAACCUCGGCGCCCCCAGUCCGAAACGACCAAAGAGCAACCGUCGCUCAAUUCAUCCACCCGAUUGUCACGCUCCUCCACCUGCUCACCAGCCUACACCCAAAGAACCCAAGUCAAAGAAUCCCGAAGCCUCAGGUCCACACCAAGCAAGACGGAAACCUCUUAUGGAAGCAGACCGCAACAGUCCAACCAAGUCACUGGCAGGCUAUGCACCAAAACAUAGCCGGCAAGAUCAAGAAGAUGUACCUACAGUCUAUGAAGAGGCACAGGUUGAAGAAGACAACUCGGAUGAACAUCAGCUUCGUAAUCUCAGUUUAGGUAUGGAUCUAGAGUUUUCGAGGGACUUUGUGUUCACGAGCACUGCUUUUUCCGGGUCGAAUAAUGAGCCCUUGGCUCCGUGA